AUGUCUCAGCAAUUUUUCGGGCAAGGUUUGGAGUCGGGAUUGGACGCUGUGUUGCACAAACGCUUGCUUGACAGCGUGCCGGUUCAGGACGCGCCGUUGUUGCAGACUUGGUGGCAAGGGGCUUUACAACACUCCUUCAACUCGCGGCAGUGUGUUUGUCCGACCUGCGAUGUCGAGUUAACCCUCUUGCAUAUGUUGUUUGAAUGCCCCGGGUGCAUCCGGGAAUGCGGGCCUGUGCCUGCAGCAUGGUCUGCUUGCUACGGCUUGGUUGAACAAAGUCAUUUCUGGCUGCGUGGUUUGGUGCCGGAUGCGUGGACUCGUGCUCCUGCGGUCACUGACGAAAACAUCGUGCGCACCGGUUGUUUUGAAAACUCCGCUGGGUUUGACUUUUCGGAUUUGUUUUUUGCGACCGAUGGUAGCGGUGGUCCUUUUAGUAACGAACCUCGGCUCCGGAAGUGUGCUUGGGCUGUUGUUGCUGUUGCGCUUGUUGAUGGCGAUUACGUUUUGGUUGGUAGUAUCGCUGGGUUUGUCCGUGGUGGCCCCGAUCCCAAUACUGUGGCUCGCGCCGAGUUGCGUGCCUUUGUGGAGCUGCUGAGAUCAAUUUCUGAAGGUUGUGAACUGAGGGUUGCUGUGGAUGCUUCCUUUGUCAUCAAUGUGUACAACAAGUUGCGUCGCUGUCCAAAGAAGAUCCGUAACCCACAUGGGGACCUACUGGGCCAACUUGUCACGCUGCUGGACAAGCAGGUGAGCCUCACUAAAGUUAAGUCCCAUAUCACGCAUGAGGAGCAUGUUUCUCUUGGUAGAGAAAGCUGGUCAUGGCAUGCCAAUCAAUGUGCUGACGAACUUGCUAGCAUGAAUGCUGCUGCUGUUGCGCCCUUUGAGGUGGAAGGCGGGAAGGGCAAGCGUAAAAAAAUCGAUGAAACCUCCGUGGUGGAAAUUGAAUGGCCGGACGAUGAGCAGGCUCCACCUUCACGAAAUGGCAUCGCAUUGUGGGAUUUCAAAGCGUUUGCGUCCACCAAGAUCCCUGCAAAAAUUGAGGAGCCAAGUGCAGAGAAGGAGCAAAAACGUGCACAGUUGAUGAUGUUGUUCCGGUCAGAGUAUUCGAGGUUUUGUAAAGAGGUGAUGGGGCUCGAAAGCGUCCCGGCGGACUCGGUGGACCGAUGGCUGUUGGAACAGUUGGCGCAGCCGGGAGGUGGGCCUGAUCCACUACUACCACGACCUCGUAUUGCAGAAUCCUCUAGGGUUUUGUUGCGAGAGCUGUUGGCCGAGGACUACGCUCCGGUGGUGCGGUCCUAA